GGGGCGUGGCCAACAGAGAACACUGUGAUACGUGCGGAGGGAAGCCUCCGCCGUGGUGGACGGAACAAGAACAGAAGCCCUGCGCCAGGCACGUUCCCGGACCUUGAGGAUACCGCGGAGAACAAGGAGGCAUCCACUCUUGUUUUGGUCUCAGAGGAGGGGUGAACUCCUGCUCCUGGAGCCCUGACUAUUUAAGUGCAAACCAAUACCGAGAGACGGAAGAAGACCGAGGUGACUGGAUUUGCUGUCACAGUCUGUCAAGAUUGAGGGAUUAGAGCAACAGAAACCAUGGAGGACGAACUCAUGUUCAGGAUGGAGGAGGACGGCAGCGCCAAGAGACCCUCUGCCCAGCGGAGCGCCCUCAAACACAGAGCAUCCUCCCUCAGCGAGUCCAACGCCAGCGAGGAUGACGACGAAGACCACUUCAUCUGCCCCAUCCUGGACGAUUCGGCCAAAGAAGUGUGCAGCCACCUUAAAAACCUGGUUUACGCACGGCAGCUGUCAAACUCGCUCCCUAAAUCCAACUUCAUGUACAGGAACGAAAAAGAAACAGAUACAGUGGCAGAACAUCGACCGUACAAGGUUUUGUCUGAGAGUGCACGGGCAACAUGGCUGCACGCCAUCGAAAAGGCAAAAGCGAUGCCCGACCCCUGGGCGCAGUUUCACCUGGAGGAGAUAGCGACUGAACCCUGCAUUCGUUACAGGUACAAUGCUGUUACAGGGGAAUGGGUUCAAGACCAGAUCCACAUGAAGAUGGGUACACAGCCUUUUGGGAAAGGGGCCAUGAGGGAGUGCUUCAGAGCGAAGAAGUUGUCGAAUUUCUCACACAGCAGCAACUGGAAGUCAGCGUCCAACUAUGUGGCCAAGCGUUACAUGGAGACGGUGGAUAGAAAUGUUUACUUUGAGGACGUCAGGCUGCAGAUGGAGGCCAAACUUUGGGGCGAGGAGUACAAUCGCCACCGACCUCCCAAACAGGUGGACAUCAUGCAGAUGUGUGUGGUGGAGAUGACAAACCGGCCCAAUAAACCUCUCUUCCACCUGGAGCAUUACAUCGAGGGCAAGUACAUCAAAUACAACUCCAAUUCCGGCUUUGUGAGGGACGACAACAUCCGCCUCACUCCACAGGCCUUCAGUCACUUCAGCUUUGAGCGGUCGGGCCACCAGCUGAUCGUGGUGGACAUCCAGGGAGUUGGUGACCUCUACACCGACCCUCAGAUCCACACAGCGAAGGGGACCGACUUUGGAGACGGAAAUCUGGGUGUGCGAGGCAUGGCCCUGUUCUUCCACUCGCACCUGUGUAACAAGAUCUGCAAAAGCAUGGGCCUGACGCCUUUCGACCUUUCCCCUGCGGAGAUGUCCCAGCUGGACGGCACCAACAAACUGCUCAAGUCAGCCCAGACUGUGCUGAGAGGCUCAGAGGAGCACUGCGGUUCUCCUCGUGUUCGCACCAUGUCGGCCAGCCGGGCGCCUCCGCUCCUAUCCCGCCUGUCUGAGACCUCGUCUGCAGAUGAGAGCAUGAGCGACAUGGAAUCUAUCCCCUGCUCCCCUCUUAUCCUUCCCUGCUCCCCCCCAACUGCAGCUGGCUCUGUAGGCUCGUCUUUUACCGGAAUGUAUGAACACGACAGAAUGAGCAACACAAGCGAACACAGGGAAUCAGAAAACGGCGGGGACAGCGGCUACCCGAGCGAGAGGAGGAGUGAAGGAGACCCAAAUGACCACAUAGACGGGAUCCAUCAUCGCUACAACAGGCAAUAUUCAGAGUCGGAUGAGGAAAGUAUCAGACGGAGGAAGAUGGUAGCUCCUCCAAGAGUCUCUGCAAACUUAAAUUUAAACACUCCUGACAACGAAUGGUUGACAGAGGAGAAGUGGACCUUCUAUCACUCAUCCCGCGCUCACGUCCACCGACCUUCCUGUGUGGCCACCGAGGUGGAACGACUCAACAACCUGCUGCAGAAGAAGAUCGGCCAGUCGAUUCUUGGAAAAGUCCACCUGGCGAUGGUGCGGUACCACGAAGCAGGUCGUUUCUGCGAGAAGGACGAGCAGUGGGACCAGGAGUCGGCCAUGUACCACCUGGAGAGAGCCGCCAUGUGUGGAGAGCUGGAGGCCAUCGUAGCCUUGGGACAGUGCCUUCUGCAGCUACCUCAUCAUAUACUCCCAGACAUGGAGCUGGAGGAUAAUGCAGGAAACAAUAUGAGAGGUUUCAAGUAUCUGCUGCAGGCUGCUGAGGCUGGCGACAGAUCUUCUAUGAUCAUAGUGGCCAGAGCCUUUGAUACUGGAGUCAAUCUGUCUGCUGACAGAAAGCAGGACUGGGCCGAAGCGGUUCACUGGUACAACAGUGCGCUGAACAUGAUGGACUACGACGAGGGAGGAGAGUUCGAUGGGACCCAGGACGAGCCUCGCCACCUUCUGCUGGCCAGAGAGGCAGAGAUGUACCAGGAGGGAGGCCACAACCUCGCUGCAGACCCACAGAGAGCAGGUGACCUUUUUACUGAAGCUGCAGAAGCUGCCAUGGCGGCCAUGAAGGGUCGACUGGCUAACCAGUACUACAUGAAAGCCGAAGAAGCCUGGGCACAAAUGGAGGAGUAACUCCACGACAUAAAAGAAAUUAAUUUUAACCUCCAAAAAGGCCACGAGACUUGAUGUGUGGCUGUUUUUCUUUUUCUUUUUUCUUUUCUUUUUUUAACACAUUCUGGGUAAAACCUGAAUGACUUCAGUUUACAUUACUGUUUUUAUGACAGAUUUUUUUUGCUGUUGGUGGUUUGUUUGUGUGUGCGUUUGAUGUGUGUUGAGCCAUUCAGCAUCAGACUUAUCUUCAGAAUUCUUUCUGUAUGGUUGUAAAGCUAGAUUUCCUGGCUCCUCAUUUCUUUCAUUUCAUGUCUAUAUUAACCUUUAGUUAAGUUAAGUUAAUGUGAUUCUACGAAUGAAAAGGUCUGACCUAUCAAAAAAGAUUUACUUAUUUUGACCCAGAUGUUAACAUGUUUAUGUUUAAGAGAAUAUAUGUGAUAAAGAAAAGUGCUUGGAAUAUGAAACUGUAAAAUAAAAGUUUGCCUUUCUUUUUACCAA